GGGGCGCUGGCUUGCAGCCCGGGUCCAGCCCUCCCCGGAUCCCUGUCUGGGGCUAUAAGCCAGCAAACCCGUGUGAACCGGGAAACGGUUCCCUCCCUCCUUCUCUCGCUCAGCCAGUCUUGUACGGCUCUCACGGCUCUUGUGGUUCGUGGAUCGGCUCUUGUGGUCCGUGGAUCGCUGCGGGCCUGGCUGCGAUUGGCCAUCCGGGACUUUCCGGGCGAUUUGCAUGUUGCCCGGCGAGUCUGCAUGCCUUUCUGUUUACUUCACCUCAGCGCGAGGGACAGCCGGACGCCUGCACUACCAGACUGCAGCGCCAGGCUCUUGGGGCUGGCUGGCUGGCCACGGUCUUGGUCCUGGGGGGAAGUGCCUGCUGGGGUCCCGGGUGCUGCUCGCUGGAGCCAGCAGCUGGCCUCUGGGCCCUGGGAGCUCGCAGUGGAGGAAGCAGAUGGACUGUGAAAUCCAGACCAGAAUGGAAACGACCUUUGGGCCUGCCUUUUCGGCUGUCACCACCAUCACAAAAGCCGAUGGGACCAGCACGUAUAAACAACACCGCAGGACUCCCUCUUCCUCCAGCACCCUUGCCUACUCCCCGCGGGACGAGGAGGACAGCAUGCCCCCCAUCAGCACUCCACUCCGCUCCGACUCUGCCAUCUCCGUCCGCUCCCUGCACUCUGAGUCCAGCAUGUCCCUGCGCUCCACAUUCUCACUGCCUGAGGAGGAAGAGGAGCCGGAGCCACUGGUGUUUGCCGAGCAGCCCUCGGUGAAGCUCUGCUGCCAGCUCUGCUGCAGUGUGUUCAAGGACCCUGUGAUCACCACGUGCGGGCACACGUUCUGUCGAAGAUGCGCCUUGAAGUCAGAGAAGUGUCCUGUGGACAACGCCAAGCUGACCGUGGUGGUGAACAACAUCGCGGUGGCUGAGCAGAUCGGGGAGCUCUUCAUCCACUGCAGGCACGGCUGUCGGGUGGCAGGGGGCGGGAAGCCCACCGUCUUCGAGGUGGACCCCCGAGGUUGCCCCUUCACCAUCAAGCUCAGUGCCCGGAAGGAGCAUGAGGGCAGCUGUGACUACAGGCCUGUGCGGUGCCCCAACAACCCCAGCUGCCCACCCCUCCUCAAGAUGAACCUGGAAGCCCACCUCAAGGAGUGCGAGCACAUCAAGUGUCCCCACUCCAAGUACGGGUGCACGUUCAUUGGCAACCAGGACACGUAUGAGACGCACCUGGAGACCUGCCGCUUUGAGGGCCUGAAGGAGUUUCUGCAGCAGACGGACGACCGCUUCCACGAGAUGCAUGUGGCCUUGGCCCAGAAGGACCAGGAGAUCGCCUUCUUACGCUCCAUGCUGGGCAAGCUCUCUGAGAAGAUUGACCAGCUGGAGAAGAGUCUGGAGCUUAAGUUUGACGUCCUGGAUGAAAACCAGAGCAAGCUCAGUGAGGACCUCAUGGAGUUCCGGAGGGACGCGUCCAUGUUGAACGACGAACUGUCCCACAUCAAUGCACGGCUGAACACGGGCAUCCUAGGAUCCUAUGACCCGCAGCAGAUCUUCAAGUGCAAAGGAACUUUCGUGGGCCACCAGGGCCCCGUCUGGUGUCUCUGCGUCUACUCCAUGGGGGACCUCCUCUUCAGCGGCUCCUCUGACAAGACCAUCAAAGUGUGGGACACGUGUACCACCUACAAGUGCCAGAAGACACUGGAGGGCCAUGAUGGCAUUGUGCUGGCGCUCUGCAUCCAGGGGUGCAAGUUGUACAGCGGCUCAGCAGACUGCACCAUCAUUGUGUGGGACAUCCAGAACCUGCAGAAGGUGAACACGAUCCGGGCCCACGACAACCCGGUGUGCACGCUGGUCUCCUCACACAACAUGCUCUUCAGUGGCUCCCUGAAGGCCAUCAAGGUCUGGGACAUCGUGGGCACUGAGCUGAAGCUGAAGAAGGAGCUCACGGGCCUCAACCACUGGGUGCGGGCCCUGGUGGCCGCCCAGAGCUACCUGUACAGCGGCUCCUACCAGACAAUCAAGAUUUGGGACAUCCGGACCCUCGACUGUAUCCACGUCCUGCAGACGUCUGGUGGCAGCGUCUACUCUAUCGCCGUGACGAAUCACCACAUUGUCUGUGGCACCUACGAGAACCUCAUCCACGUGUGGGACAUUGAGUCCAAGGAGCAGGUGCGGACCCUGACAGGCCACGUGGGCACCGUGUAUGCCCUGGCCGUCAUCUCGACACCAGACCAGACCAAAGUCUUCAGUGCAUCCUAUGACCGAUCCCUCAGGGUCUGGAGUAUGGACAACAUGAUCUGCACGCAGACCCUUCUGCGUCACCAGGGCAGUGUGACUGCGCUGGCUGUGUCCCGGGGCCGGCUCUUCUCAGGGGCUGUGGACAGCACUGUGAAGGUUUGGACUUGCUGACACGUGCACGCGGGUCUUGGCUUCCGCUGGGCCCGCCCUAGGCCUGUCCACGCCAGGCUGGCCACACGGGUGGCCUCGGGCUCUCUGCCUGCCCUGCGCCUAGUCAGCCUCCCUCUGGCCCCAUCACUGUCCCUACCAGGAUAGCGCCCAGCCCCUCUCUGGGUGCCAGGUACGAAGCUCGCCCGGCCCACCUCAAUUCACACUCCAGAUGGACUGCAGGCCUUUUUACUCACCUUUUCUACUGUUUUUAGACUGUAUAUAGAUUUGAUUACUUCCUGAUUGAAAUAAAAGCUGCACAGACUGUGAA